AUGGAAGGACAGCCGAAGCAUCCUCUCAUCCAUCUGAGCCCCUACUUCAAUCCUGCGUUGGCCUCCCGGGGCUACCACGGUCGAAGACUAACACGUCACGGUUUCUUGAACAAUAUCUGGGGCCUUCAAAACUAUCGCACACCCAAGCCGCCCUCAAAUUUUAUGGAUCGCCUUCGUGAGAUGCCUCGAGCAAACCCCAAUGCCCAACCAACACCCCGGCAUGGCUUGGGGGUACCUGAUGGGGUACCAGCACAUCUGAUUCAGGCUGCCCUUGACCGCAAUCUUGGUGCAUUUCACCGCGAGUUCCAAGACGUAGGGCGUGGUAUACAAUGUCUAGAAAAGACGGCAGAGGAGAUUUCCAACGAGAUCGUUCAGGGGCUUGACAGGUUCUUUGAGCGACUUGCACCUCCGGACUCCGGGAAACAGCAGCGAGAAGAAUUCGAGCGCGCGCAGAAUGUCAACUUGCAACGCGAGCAUCAACUUGAGAUUGAAGACUUGCAGAAGAAGAGGGAGUUGGAUAAAAAACGGCUAGAGGAGAUGGAGAAGGACCUAGAGGCCGCAAGCGUGCGUGCACAGAUUGCCGCCGCGGAUCUUGCUCGAGUCCAAAGCAUGAUGGACGGUAAACUCAAGCAACUUGAGGAACGGGAAAACACAGAGAAGGAUAUUACGGCCGCAUUUCUAAGCUUAAGGGAGACCAUACUGGCUUUUACUGGGAGCACAGCAAUUCAGCUCGGCCCUCUGCCAAAUACCCUUGCGGCCACGGACAAUCUGUUUUGUCCUCGGUCAUGGAAUCACUCAAGCCGCUCGCAGCGGAAAUACAGAGUGAUGGCCAAGAUCUUUCAACUGCUUUUCCAACGCAUCCUACGACCCGGGCUCCGCAUCUUCGGUGUCCAAGUGUUCCUCGAAAACAACGGGAACUCAUCAAUCUCCGAUGCAGAAGUCCAUCUCCGCGCUCUGGAAGAGGAGCUAGAAGCCGUAGGAGUCGACGACACAAAGCUCAGCAACUGGAUAGCCGCGACGAUUGACACAACGAGCGCUCUGCAAAACAUACCCGGAAAUAUCAAGGGAACCGCCCAAGAAAUCUUCGAAGCGCUCCUCCCAGUGAUACGUUUCGCGUUUAUCCGCAACACUGACAAAGUCAGGGACCAGCUCUCAGUCAUCUGUGAGAAGGCUGUUCACCUGAAGCUGGCCUUGCGGCAAGCCACCGGCAACUACAAGAUCGAAAUCCCGUCCCUAGACUCCAAGAAGUGGGGAGAGCCCGGCUGUGAUGACGAGACGAAAUCUCUUAACACUACGAGAUGGCUGCGCAUUCUUGAUCGUGAAGAGGUUCGCACAAGCGCUCAGAACAAGCGCGAAGGAUCGAUAUCCGAGCAUACAAAAAACGAUAUUGUGUGUAUCCCCUUUGGUGCGCUAACCAGACUCGAGGAGGGGGCUGAUGGGGAAAGGAUCAAAAUCGUUGUGGAAAAAGGGUGGGUGACUACAUGUACCAAGACCGGGGGCCACAAACUGAAGCGAGGAGCUUCAGCACCGACGGUUGGAGAGGAGGAGCAUCAUCCCCAGAAGAGAACCACUCCUAAUCAUGGCAUCAAUCCUCGCUACCUGGCUAGGGUCAAGGCGUUGGUGAUCCCCUCCCUGACCAAGGAGGAUGGAGGCACAGCAGAGACGCAUGGGAAGAAGUCUAGUAUCCUCGCAGGCCGGUUCUUCCCUACCGUUAUACCAGGAGUCGACUCGGGGCCGCGGGGAUAUAGCCACGGGCCUGAUAAGGAGUACGAGUUCCUCCACCAGGAAGUGACCAACGAGGAUAUUAGAAAGACCCUGGCAAGAACAGCAAACAACAAGGCACCUGGGGAGGAUGGACUUUCCAACGGGUUCUUAAAGGCCUGCGGCGAACCCCUCUACAACGCAAUGGCGGUCCUUACAAGAGGGAGCCUCGCGCACGGAGUGUUCCCGCGGCGAUUUCGCAGCGGAAGAGUAGUGGUACUUAGGAAGCCCGGUAAGUCAGAGGAGCAACAAAAAACAGCGGGCGCCUGGAGGCCGAUCACCCUCCUCAGCAGCGUCGGGAAAGUCGUCGAAAUGGUAAUCGCAGAACGCCUCUCUCGGGAAGCGGAGAAGCAGGGAUGGCUCCCCGAGGGACAGAUGGGGAACCGCAGCGGCCGCUCCACGGACUUCGCGAUCAGGGUGGUCACGGAUGCCGUACACGAGACCUGGCGGCAUAAGGCGAACGCAUCUCUCCUUCAACUAGACCUCAAAGGGGCCUUCGAUAGGAUGGGUCGAUUCGUUCACCGAUGGGAGGUCAACAAAACUCUGAUUCGAUGGGACGAUGUCCGAAAGGUACAAGGUGGCCGCAGGGGUCCCGCAGGGGUCCCCCCUCUCCCCAAUCCUCUUCCUUCCAUUUAUCUCAACGCCCUACAAGAGGCUCGAGGCAGUAAGGGGGGCAAUCGUGGUAGGGUUCGCAGACGACACCAAUAUCCUAGCCGUAGCGGAGACGACGGAGGGUACCUGCGGCAUCCUAGCGGAGGCCUGGGGACACUGUGCGGGCUGGGCAGCAGAGAGGGGUAUGGAAUUCGAGCCAGCGAAGAGCUAACUAAUCCACUUUUCGAGAGCAAGGGCCCCCUCUUUACUAGGAGAGUCCCCGAGGUGGUAACGCCGGUAUGCCGCUGCGGUAUGGCGCGCGAGACAUUCGAACACCUCGUACUCGAAUGCAACGGAGCCGCAGAUAAACCUCAGCCCUGGCCAGACGACGGCGCAGAGCUACUGGAGUGGCUAGAUAACGUGGAGAAGGCUGCCAUAGUGGUGGGGUGGGUACUUGGGCUGGGGAGGCUGAACGAGUUCCGGCUGGCGGUAGAGCUGGAAAAUGAGGAGAACAACGAGGAGGCUCGCGGCGGGGCCGAAGCGGAGUAG